GUCCAUCCGCAGAGCUCAUCUCUGGCCUGGCACCCGAGCCAUGCAGUGACUGAGGAGAUCCGGUAGAAAGAUCGGCCGAAGGAUCCCUUCCCCUUGGCCUCCCUUCUCCCAGCUGCGACGGGGCGAGUCCAGCAGGUUGCUUCAACAGGCAAGGGCACCCUUAGCUCGAGGGCAAGAUGCAGCGGCAUCCCGGGCUCUUGUUCGUCGGCUUGAUCUUUUGUGCUGCUCUCUCAGAGACGUUUGGGCUGGUUUUAUCCGCUAAAGAGAAAAGGGGAUGGACAAUGAAUAGUGCUGGCUAUCUGCUUGGCCCACGUCGUAUUGAACAACUCCUCAAGGAAAUGCCCAGUGCAAGGGGGAGAGAAGAGCCACCUGGGGAAUAUGCAAUAGACAGAAUUUUUAGUGUCAAGCAUGGUUUAGCUGGUAAACGUGACAUAAACCUUGAUGAAAAUGUAAAAGCAGAUACAUCCACGAGACUGCUGACGUAUAACAAUAUUAUGCGUACAAUAAUUGAAUUCUUGGCCUAUCUACAUCUUAAAGAAGCCGGGGCUCUUGACAACAUAGUUACAACAGUUUCUUCAGAAGAAAGAGAUCAGUCCUGA